AUGGCCGCAAGCGGCAUGAUGAAAGCGCUAGUUUUCAGGCCCCAGAGUCAAUCUCUAGCUGUGAAGGACAUCACCGUGCCAAUCCCUGGACCAAAGCAAAUCCUGAUCAAGGUCGAGGCUGUCGCGCUCAACACGGUAGAUGUCAUGAACAUAGACCACCCUAUUGCGCUCCAAGAUAUGCGUGUCGUUGGCACAGACUUCGCGGGAGUCGUGGUGAGAAUUGGCGAAGAUCUCCAAACUCUGGAAGACCCGCGGAUGAAGAUUGGCGCACGCGUCGCUGGACUUGUUCAAGGCGCAAACUCUGCCAACGACCGUCCCGGCGCCUACGCCGAGUACGUUGUGACCGAUUAUGACUUGACCUGGAAAGUCGCUGAUAGCGUACCGCUGGAAAGCGCCGCUACCAUUACUAUGUGUGGUCUUACUGCCGCACAGGGCCUCUUCUACCGUAUGGGCUUUCCAUGUCCGUUCUAUGGGACACCGACGUUUGGGGGUGUGGAAGAGCCCGUAAACGUUUUGAUAUACGGCGCAACAACUAACGUCGGCCUUUUUGCGGCGCAGCUAGUCCGUAUCGCGGAAAAGACAGCGGGGAAAAAGGUCAGACUCAUCGGAGCUGCCAGUGCGUCGAAGCAUACCUCACUAAAGAAGGCACCAUAUCAAUACGAUAUCUUAGUCGAUUAUAGGGAUGAUAAUUGGCCAGAGAGGGUCCGUGAGGCGACUGAUGAGAGCGGCGUGUCAUACGCAAUUGAUGCAGUAUCCGUUGGCUCAACAGUAGGGAUGGUCGAAAGCACAUUGAGCCCUUUAGGGAAAUUUGCCGCUUUUCGGACUCCAAUCAUUGGCGGAUUUGACAUAGCUGCCUUGAAGAUCAAGCCUGUCGUCGGUCCAGUUUGGGAGGGCCUCGGCGUUGAGUUCGGUUAUCAUGGUGUAACCCUACAUGCCAAUCCAGAUGCUAGAAGCUUCGCCGCCGCUUUCUUCAAAUACAUCGGCCAGGAACCAACUUCUGGUUCGAAUGUUCUCCAAUCGGGCCCCAUCCGCCUCAUGCCUGGCGGUAUGGAACAGAUCAUUUCUGAUGGCUUCGCUGUGCUCCGCAAAUCGUCCCUGGUAUCCAGGGCCGGAUCGGAUCAGAAAGACGAGACUCAUUUGCAGCCAAUCAGCAUGGAGAAGUUGGUGUACAAGAUAUAA